AUCCAUGGCUAUACCCGUACUAGUUUCUCCUUGCCAGCAGCCCAGCAGCCGCCUCCUCUCGUAGCAGUGCUCCUAGUGUACUCAUCGCUACUGCUUGCAAAUACAGUACUGCUUAAAAAAAGCACAGCAGCAGUACCUGAACCUCCCAAAAAAAUCAUGCGCCGCUGUGCUGUUGGUCUCCGCCUGGCUAGUUUUCCAUAUAUAGAAAAACCGCAGCUCUAGACGACCACCAGAUCGGACUAGGUAGACCACACUUCCCUUCACCUCUCAUCGGCGCUCUUUCCCUUCCUCGCAGUCCCAGGUCUCGGCUCCCCUCUCAGUCAAGCCGUUUCAUUUCCUCCCUCCUACAAAUAUCCUGAUAUGGACGACGACGACGACUCCCCGCCUCAUGAGUCGGCGGCGGCGGCGGCGGCAGACCUAUCGCUGACACUGGCGCCGGCGCCGGCGCUGGCGCCUCCCGCGCCGCCUCCGGCGCUGCCCGCCGUCGCCUCCGACGGAGGCGUGGCGACGGCGCGCGUGGACGGCAAGGACGUGCGCCUGUUCCCGUGCCUCUUCUGCAACAAGAAGUUCCUCAAGUCGCAGGCGCUCGGGGGCCACCAGAACGCGCACAAGAAGGAGCGGAGCGUCGGCUGGAACCCCUACUUCUACAUGACCCCGCCGCACCCGCAGCCCAAUGCGGCGCCGGCGAGCCCCACCGCCCCGCCGCCCGCCUACGCGGCGGGCGGCCUCCUCCCCGCGCCGUACGCGGCCCACGUGUACGCCCCCGUGCCGGCGGCGCCGCCGCCGCCGUCGUUCCCCAUCGCCUCGCACGGCUCCAGCGGGGGGCUGCGGUACUACGCGCCGCCCCACGAGGCGGCGGCGGCGGCGGCGGCGGACGCGGGGACGGGGGCGCCGACGACCGCGGGCGUCGUGCUUGCCCCGCGCGCGCGCUACGCCACGGCCACGCACCAGCAGCAGGCCCAGCAGCCCGGCGGCGGCGGCCGCGAUGACUUGAUCGACUUGCUCAACUGGAGGAGGGGAUCCCACGGCGCACCGGCCGCCGCCGCCGCCACCGCCUCGCCGGCCAGCACCACCACCACUCUCACCACCUCAUACGCCGGCGCCCCCGACGGCGGCACCAGCACCAACGACGACGACGACGCUGACGACGCCGGGGAGCUCGACCUCAACCUCAGCCUCUAGCACUGCUUGUAUCUACAUCUACCUACGCGCCAAGGUUAUUAAUCGUGUGCCGGCCUAUCCGUAAGCUACGCGUGUCACUUAAUUAGCUCUUAGUAGGCACGUUAAUCCCUCUCUCUCUAUCUCUGCUCCCUCCCUCUGUAUGUCCUGUUAUUAUUAGUACGUCUCGUCAUCUCCCGUCCCUUCUCCCAUGGCCUCAUGAAUUGUUUUUUUUUGGCUCUUGUUUUUCUUGAGGAUUUGUCUGAUUGCGCCCCAUCA